CGGCGAAGAUGGCGGCCUCUGGCUGGGCGCGCGCGGCCCUUGUCCUCCUCUGCGCCUGCGACCUGCUGCUGCCGCCGCUGCCGCCCCGGGCCUUCGCUGCGGAGGGCGCGGCCGGGACUCCCGGCGAGGCCAGCCCGCCUCCGCGGAAGAAGAAGAAGGACAUUCGCGACUACAACGAUGCGGACAUGGCGCGUCUUCUGGAACAGUGGGAGAAGGAUGACGACAUAGAAGAAGGGGAUCUCCCGGAGCACAAAAGACCCUCGGCGCCUAUCGACUUCUUUCAGAUAGACCCGGGCAGGCCCGAGAGCAUCCUGAAGAUGACCAAGAAGGGGAAGACGCUCAUGAUGUUCGUCACUGUGUCCGGAAGCCCCACAGAGAAGGAGACGGAGGAGAUCACCAGCCUCUGGCAGGGCAGUCUUUUCAAUGCCAACUACGAUGUUCAGAGGUUCAUCGUGGGAUCAGACCGUGCGAUCUUCAUGCUUCGUGAUGGGAGCUACGCCUGGGAGAUCAAGGACUUUUUGGUCAGCCAAGACAGGUGUGCCGAUGUCACCCUGGAGGGGCAGGUGUACCCCGGCAGAGGGGGGGGCAGCAAAGAGAAAAAUAAAACAAAGCAAGAGAAGGGCAAGAAGAAGCAGGAGGGGGACCCGAAGUCUCGGGCCGCCACGGCUGCAAAGGAAGACAAUCGAGCUGGGAAUAAGAGGGAGGAACUGUGAGCGGCCG